AUGGCCUUCCUCAAGCGACCCAAGGCACAUCUCCACCGCUCUCCCGACACAUGUCCCUACAUGGACGACUACGACGUCCAAUUCGAAUCUUUCGACAAAGAGUCGCUGAUGAAGCAUUCCCGCAGACUCGAAGCCACCAUCCGCCAAGCACUCUCCGAUGGGAACCACGAUCGAAUCGGCAGGAUUGUCUGGCAGCUGUGUCAUGACUACGCAUACGCUGUGCAUCAGCCCCACGCUCGCAAUGGCGGUCUCAUCGGUUUGGCGGCCGCAGCAAUAGCUCUGGGACCAGUAAGGACAAUGUACAAGCGUGGGCCUGUGGAUUAUGGACCUGACCAGCUCGCAGGAAGUCGCCCGCUACCUCAAAGAGAUUGUACCGCCUGUCCUCGCUUGCUUCUCCGACCAAGAUGCAAGAGUCAGAUACUACGCUUGCGAGAGCAUGUACAACAUUGCAAAGGUUGCCAAGGGCGAGAUUUUGAUCUACUUCAACGAUGUCUUCGACGCGCUGUCUAAGCUCGCAGCUGAUACAGAGCUCUCGGUGAAGAAUGGCGCUGAGCUCCUUGAUCGGCUCGUCAAGGACAUCGUGUCGGAAUCAGCAGCCACAUACGCCUCCGUCCUCGCACCUGAGGCCGUACAGGAAGCCGAAGGCAUCUCGCCCCAACAGAGCGUAGAAUUGCCGACCGCCUUCAGCUUGCCUCGUUUCAUCCCACUCCUACAAGAACGAAUUAAUGUACAGAAUCCAUUUGCACGCACAUUCCUGGUAUCGUGGAUUACGUUGCUAGACCAGAUCCCCGAUCUAGAGCUUGUUGCCUACCUCCCUAGCUUCCUGGGAGGUCUGCUGAGGUUUCUAAGCGACUCCAAUGAGGACGUCCACACUACCACUAAGACUGCGCUGGACAGGUUCCUUGUUGAAAUCAAGAAAAUUGCUGCAGUCAAGAAGGACAUUGCUGAAAGCAAGAAGGGACGGGAGGUGCAAGAGAGAAAGGCGAGCGACUCAAGCUUUGCGGUAGAGUCGCCAAAGCCUGAAGAUGCCGAAGCUGAGCCCGAUCCCUCACAAAGCAGAGAGAGUCGUGAGCAUGGUACCAUGCAAACGCCCGAGCCUGCUGCGCCAGAACAGCUCACUAGUAUGGCAGAUGUCGAGGCUGCUAGUCGCGCCUCAUCAAUCACGGCCGCUGAGGAUGAUGAAAUGUCAACGACGGAUGAUGAAUGGAUACCAGGACAGGAUGUUCAGAUCGACUACCAAAGAAUUCUGGAGAUCCUGGUCAACUUCUUGGCUGAGUCGAGGGAAGAAGGGAUUCAGAUUACUACUCUGAAGUGGAUCGAGACUUUCUUGGAGAUUUGUCCUGAAGACAUCCUUUCGUUUACACCAAAGCUCCUGCAGCAGCUUCUCCCUGCCCUCUCGCACGACAGAGAGCAGGUCAGCUCGGCGGCCCAUAAGGUUAACAACCUGUUAAUAGCAUACAUCAUGUCGCUGCCUGAGGACCCGUCGAAAGCCACUCACGCCGGCACUUCAGAAGCCGUGCCCGCUGCCGGACCAUCCGCGACUGUAGCAGGGACUGCCUCUAUCGCUACAGCAUUCCAGCGUUCAGUAAGGGAAACUAAUGGCACAGAGAAACGUGAGUCGCUUAGCAACGUUAAGAGCGUUCGCAAGCUGGAAACACCGGAACCAGGAUCAGCUCCGCGUACACCGCAAGUGUCAACUCCCGAGCCGCGUGCCACUGACCAUGUUGAGAAGCCUCACACCGACCUCGACUACGAAGCUGCUGUCAAUGCGCUGACCCUACAAUUUUUGCAUGAACAUGAGGCUACUCGAGUGGCUGCACUGGCUUGGCUAAUCAUGCUGCAUCGCAAAUCGCCUCGUAAGAUCCUUGCGAUCCAGGAUGCGACUUUUCCGGCUCUCCUGAAGACACUCAGUGAUCCUGCGGAAGCAGUCGUCACGAGGGAUCUGCUGCUGCUUUCUCAGAUCAGCAAAAGCAGUGACGAUAGCUACUUCGAGUCGUUCAUGGUCAAUUUACUGAAGCUUUUCUGCACUGACCGGCGGCUACUGGAGACGAGAGGAAACCUCAUCAUUCGCCAGCUGUGCCUAUCACUAUCGGCAGAGCGUAUUUACCGCACCAUGGCCAACUGCUUAGAAAGAGAUGAGGAUGACAUCGAAUUUGCGUCCAUCAUGGUGCAGAAUCUCAACAACAACUUGAUAACAGCUCCUGAGCUUGCCGAUCUACGUAAGCGGCUGCGUAACCUGGACAGCAGAGACGGGCAGACAUUCUUCACGGUCCUCUUCAAAGCAUGGUGUGUCAACGCGGUCGCCACGUUCUCCCUUUGUCUCCUCGCGCAAGCAUACGAGCAAGCCUAUAACCUUCUGCAAGUCUUCUGCGAUAUCGAAAUGACAGUCAACAUGCUCAUUCAAAUCGACAAGCUGGUUCAACUCUUAGAGUCCCCCGUGUUCACCUAUUUGCGGAUGCAGCUGCUGGAACCGGAACGACAUCCUCACUUGUACAAGUGUAUGUACGGCUUGCUCAUGCUUCUGCCUCAAAGCAGUGCUUUUGCCGCUCUCAAAAACAGACUAAACAGCGUCUCGGCCAUCGGCUACCUCCAUAUCGGCACCCGCGGCCAAGGCCCAUCCACUCCGGCCAGCUCCGUCACUACCUUUGGCGAGCGCCAAAAUCGCCUCAAGAGCCGCGAAGACGGAGGAAUCAAGUGGACAGAACUUCUCGACAAAUUCAAGACAACCCAAGAAAAAGUCCGACGUAUACAGCAGAGACAGCUCUUGAAUCAGCAUGGAUUGGAGGACCAGGCGACUCCACAGAAAGAAACCAAGGCUGUCCAGACCGCACCUGAUAAUAUCAGGCCAGUGUCUGGCGGGCUGAGACCCGACUCUGCUCAAAGUGGACCUAUUAGGGGCCAUCAGCCGCAGCAGUCUACUUUGGGACAGAAGAAGGGAACGAGUAGUCUGGGACGGUUGGGCGGGUUUGCGAGUGGGUCGAGAUCAGGGAAGACGAAGAAGUGA